AUGAAGGUGAAUCGGAGCGCCGUCUUCCUGACGCUGUCGGGUCUGCUCCUACCAGUCGCCAACGUCCUCUUCCUCUCGGGCCUCCUUCGCCCCAAGCCCGUGUUGCCAGUCGUUGAGAGCACGGGUGCCCGCCGGCGGCCUCGAGAACGAUGUCGGCGAGAACGACCCGCCUCCCCUGGACCGGGUGGUGUUCAUGCUCGUGGACGCGCUCCGGAGGUAAACAAGCACGUGACACUUUUCCCGGCUUCUCCAGCAUGCGCGCCCGAGAUGCUGAUUGUGACCAGCGAUUUCGUCCUCAUCCGCAAAGGAGCAGCAGUGCCGUUCACGGCCCUGGCCGGGCCACCGAACCUGACGAUGCCGCGGGUGAAGGCCAUGACCACCGGCUCAAGCCCCUGUUUCCUCGACAUCCUGCUCAACGUCCGGGACAACUAG